AUGUUUUUUUAUCUAUCUAUCUAUCUAUCUAUCUAUCUAUCUAUCUAUCUAAGUCUUGUCAUUAGCUAUCUAUCUAUAAGACAUAAAUUUGAAAGAAAUGUUUAUAAAAAAUUACAAAACUUACAUAAUAUCGAUGUUAAGGCAAUUAAUUACGUAAUUAUCUAUCUAUCUAUCUAUCUAUCUAUCUAUCUAUCUAUCUAUCUAUCUAUCUCGGUUCAUAUGUGUGUCUAUCACAGUCUAUACUUAUCUAUCUAUCUAUCUAUCUAUCUAUCUGUAUAUAUAAAUAUAAGAGCGACGGCCCGCGAAGCAAUGUUUCAAUAUGAACUGAAACGUUCUUCUUCCCUUAUCGCCCCCGUUCGCAUCGUCACACUUCACUCUAACCCUUGCUCUCCUCCACCUUGCUCUCCCUACCUAUUCACCUUGCUCUCCUCUAUCUUACUCUCCUUACAUAUUCGCCUUACUCUCCUCCACACUUUCUCUCUUAAAUUUGCAAAAGAUUGCUUCCUAACGAGUGUCGAGAGACUGUUUGCGCAUCCAUUUUUUUUUCUUAUUUCCGCCUGUUUUCUUCGUUUUUUUCUUUUCGUCUUUCUAGCUGAGAGUAUUUUCCUUAUUGUUUCGCACGUAUUACUUUUUUUAUGUCUUGUUUUGUAUAUAUUUCUUCUUUUUCUUUUCUCUUCUCGCCUUGUUCUUUCCCUCAUUUUUUUUCUUUUCCUAAGCUGUUCUUUUUUGUUCACAUAUUUUUUUUUCAUUUUUUCUUUCUUUGAAUAUUUGUCUUUGCAUUCCUUUUUCUUCUUUUUCAUUUUGUUCAAACAUUUUCCAUUUUCUUAUUCUUUUUUUUUUACAUUUUUCUUUCCUCACAUAUUUUCUUCAUUUUCUUUCUUCCUUAUCCAAUUACGAUCUUUUCUUUCUUUCUUUCUUUCUUUCUUUCUUUCUUUCUUAGACUUUCACACAUUCUUUAGACUUUCUUCUUUUCUUUCAUUCUCGCUUCAUAUAUAUUAUGUUUUUCUUUCUUUCUUUCUUUCUUUCUUUCUUUCUUUCUUUCUUUCUUUUAGAGUUGCUGCCGUUCUAUCUCUUUUUCUGUUGUUCUUUCUUCCUAAAUUCCUAUCUGUUUCAGUUUUCUAUUCCAUCUUUCUUUCUUUCUUUUUUGAAUACUUUUUUUUAGUACGAAUCGUGCUGCCCUUUUUUGCUGGAGUUUAUUCAUUUCGUAUUAAGCUUUCGUUUUCUUUCUUCCGUUCGUUCUUCUUGAACUUAUUUUAUUUUAUUUAUUUUAUUCUGUCGUUGCUCACCCAACCCCUAACACCUCCACCGAGUAUCUCCCACUCAUCACCUUACGACUUUCCAUUCUGCCAAUGGCGAAAUGACGAGAUUCUUUGA